UCGUUUCCGGUCAGUUUUCACAACAUCCAACAUGUCUGCCGCCGUAGGAUCCCUCGUUUCGUACAGGAGCGAUUCAGAUUCGGAAAAUGAGUCAGAAUCUAAUGCCAGUCCCCAAAAUGUUGAUCCUGACGCUGUGGCACAUCUUCUGCCGUUAAAAUCAAACACAACCAUGUCUUUGGCUGUCCUUAAUGCUGCUCCGGAGGUUGCGGUGAAGGAGGCAGUUGAGACGGGUACACACCUCGACCCCUCCCUCAAAGAGGUCACUUACAACCCUACUUAUGAAACCAUGUUUGCACCAGAGUUUGGCCCAUCCAACCCAUAUAGAUCCCAGCAGAUGUCCGCCCCGAGGAACAUGCUUUCCGGCUACGCAGAACCUGCUCACGUCAACGACUUCAUGUUCGAGCAGCAACGGAGGACGUUCUCCACCUUCGGCUAUGCUCUGGAUCCCUCAGUGGACACCAGUCAGGUUUCCUCCAACAGCUACAUAGGGGCAGUGGACGAAGCAGAAAAGAAGAAAGGUCUAACUGUUUUUGAGGUUGGGCCGAAGAAGCCUGACAAAAGGAAGAAGGUGAAAGGGGGUGAAGCGGAGGACAUGGACAACUUCCUGGGGCCGUGGGCGAAGUAUGCGGAUGAGAAGGACGGAGCUAAACCUAGUGAGGAGGAGCAGAAGGAGCUGGAUGAGAUCACUGCCAAGCGCCAGAAAAAGGGGAGGAAUGAGGACGAGGCUCCAGCGGAGGAGAAGACCGUUCUCCAUGUCAAAGACAUGUACGACUACCAGGGUAGGUCCUACCUUCACAUCCCCCAGGAUGUGGGCAUCAACCUGCGGACCACAGACAUACCAGACAAAUGUUACCUGCCCAAGAAACAGAUCCAUGUCUGGUCUGGGCAUACCAAGGGUGUCAGUGCUAUCCGUCUGUUUCCCAUGUCUGGUCAUCUGUUGCUGUCCUCCUCUAUGGACUGUAAGAUUAAGUUGUGGGAGGUGUACAACGAGAGACGGUGCGUAAGGACAUUCAUUGGCCACAGCAAAGCGGUACGAGAUAUCUGCUUCAAUAACACGGGCACCCAGUUCAUGAGCGCGGCCUACGAUCGCUACCUCAAACUGUGGGACUCCGAGACAGGCCAGUGCAUCUCCAAGUUCACCAACAGGAAGGUGCCCUACUGCGUCAAGUUCAACCCCGACGAGGAUAAGCAGAACCUGUUUGUGGCUGGCAUGUCAGAUAAGAAGAUCGUUCAGUGGGACGUCAGGACGGGUGAUGUGGUCCAGGAGUACGACCGUCACUUGGGUGCGGUCAACACCAUCACUUUCGUGGACGAGAACCGGCGCUUUGUCAGCACGUCUGACGACAAGUCCCUCCGCGUCUGGGAGUGGGACAUUCCUGUGGAUUUCAAGUACAUCGCGGAGCCUAGCAUGCACUCCAUGCCAGCUGUGACUCUGUCUCCUAAUGGUAAGUGGCUGGCCUGCCAGUCCAUGGACAACCAGAUCCUGAUCUUCGGAGCCCAGAACCGCUUCCGUCUGAACAAGAAGAAGAUCUUCAAGGGUCACAUGGUGGCGGGCUAUGCCUGUCAGGUGGACUUCUCUCCAGACAUGAGUUACGUGGUGUCUGGGGAUGCUGACGGGAAGCUUAACAUCUGGGAUUGGAAGACCACUAAGCUGUACCACCGCAUCAAGGCCCAUGACAAGGUGUGCAUCAGCGCGCUCUGGCACCCCCACGAGACCUCCAAGGUCAUCACCUGCGGCUGGGAUGGCCAGAUCAAACUCUGGGACUAGACCCUAGCGGCUCCUAAUCUGGAGGGGGUUACACCCUACCUGUGGGCCUGGAAGGCAGAGGCACAGGGGCCCUACUUUGGGAAAUUGAGAGAAAGAAAGUUUAUUUUGUAUUUUUUUUGGGGGGGGGGUCUCCCCUGGGAGACAGGGUUUCUGUCCUGUGUUUUCUAUAAUUGCUGGCCGUGGGCUGGUAUCCAGUCCUGUUGUAGUCAUGUUUAUCUGUCUCAAGAGGAGGGGAAAUGGUGUAUAUGUAGACUGAGAUGAAAGACACAGCAAAAGUAUAUUUGUAAGGAUGUGAUUUUAUCUUGCUUUUUUGUUUUAAUCAAUGUCCCCUUCCUCACAGACAUUUUUAAUCCUAGAUUAAAUAUUUCUUUAUUUUUGGAGAAAAAAAACAGUCCCUUUGUGAAAAUUAAACAUUUCGUACAUUU